UCUAAAUCAUGCCACGUUGAGAUUACGCCUGUGAUGAGCUGAGCAGACGCAAUGAUCAUCCUCCUCCCGCUCUCACGCGCCGCUCACAGACCGCCGAGAGACGACGCGCCGAAAAGUUGUCCAAGUUUUCUUUCCUCAUCCGCCGCAUUUUCUUUUAUUCUUCCACAUUCCUGCGGCGUUGACUCCUUCGGUCCUGAGACCCACCACCACCGCCACCGCCGCCACCACCCUCCCCCGGCCCGCCCCAGCAUGCUGGGCUGACGUCUGAGGAAUGGCAUCGGCUGUGUUUGAAGGCACGUCGCUGGUCAACAUGUUUGUCCGGGACUGCUGGGUCAACGGGAUCCGGAGGCUCAUCAUCAGCCAGCGGGGGGAGGAAGAGGAGUUCUUCGAGAUCCGGACCGAGUGGUCGGACAGGAACAUUUUAUACUUGCACCGGAGUUACUCCGACCUGGGUCGGCUCUUUAAAAGACUUGUAGAGUCCUUCCCUGAGGACAGAAGAGACCUCUCCAAGUCUCCACUGAUAGAAGGGCUGGUAAAAAUCAAAGAGGCACACGACAUUGAGGAGAAACUGAACGAGGUGGAGAGACUACUGAAGAAUGCCAUCAACAUGCCGUGCAAGUAUUCCAGGUCAGAGGUGAUGUUGACGUUCUUCGAGCGGUCGCCGCUGGACCAGGUGCUGAGGAACGACAAGGUCCACAGAAUCCAGCCGUGCUUUCAGAGUCCGAUCAAGAUAUCAGAAAUCAUGCGGUCCAACGGAUUCUGUCUGGCCAACACGGAGACCAUCGUGUUCGAUCACAAUAUCCCUGAAGAAAAGGAGAGACCUUCGUCCACUGACUCUGUGGAACAUACGUAUGAGGACGGAACAGAGUUUCUGCCAAUGGAAGCAGACGUGUGCGACGAAGAAACAGAAGCGUAUGUCACCAACCUUUCCUACUACCACCUGGUCCCGUUUGAAACCGACAUCCUGGAGUGACAGAGGGAUUUUUCACCCACAAGACGUUUUUUUUUUUGCCAACGGACGGUCGACGCUGUCGCCGCGCGCAGCCGCUCCGAGUUAACGCUGCCGCUUAGCGUAGCAUCCUCAAGAGUUGCUUAAAGUUUUCUAGCUCACGUCGGAGUCGGGCAGGUGCACACAGUACGCACCGAAAUACUGACAGAACGCGACGGCAGCAACACUUUAUUUUAUUUUUUGCCAUUUUCUGUGACGUCACCGGUGUGCCUCAUCCAGAGCCUUAUUUAAAAACAAAUCAGGACAAGAGUCUUCAGACUGACUAUUAGAAGGAUUUCAGGUGAUGUGAUGCAACCUGUGAGGACCGCACGUCGGCUGAAAUUUGGAAAGGAACCAAACCGCAUUGGACCGGUCACUGUUACUCAUAACUCUGCUGAAGUUACCAGCACUCUUUCUUUAUCUUUAGUGUUUAACCGUGCGCAGCCAGUUUCACCGGUGGACCUCGAUCAUAGCAUCGGAUGCAUCUUUAAACUGCUUCCCUUCCACUGGUGUUUUGUUUGCUGUGGGAAUGCAGGAGUGAAGCUUUGUGUAUGAGCUUUGUUUAUGGUGCAAUUUACACCAGCAUUUAGGGAUUUCUUUUUGUUUUUUCGUGUUCAAGCUUAUAACUCCGAUUUGUUGCUGUGAUAAAAGACGUAGCUUCUUCGGCAUGAGAGAGCUCCGAGAUCCAGGUGAAACUGGACGUGAUGCGUUCUCAUGAGAAGGUUUAGCUGCCUCCAAGCUAAAUGAAUAGAAAUCAUAGGAAUUUGAAUUUAAGGUUAAACAAAUAGUGACUUAAAGCUGCUGUUAAAUUAAUUUACAGUUUAAGCUACAGAAACAUUUUUCACAGUUAAAGAUAUGUGCUUCUGUUUCGCUUGGUUCAACUAUCAAUUUCAAGAACGUAAAAGAAAUAUGAAGUGCCAUUAUCAUCCUGUUACAACACAGUCUUUCCAAAGUGAGAGCUCAAUGCUGCCUUUUUGGAUGUUGGUGAGAUUUUGUUCCUUAAAUAAAUGUAGAAUGCAAUAUG